AUGCCCAAAUCUCAACCUAAAGUGGCAGGUCCCCUCCGGCUCCCCAUGACAACGCAGGCACCAGUGGCAGGCCCGGAAGCUGUUUACGGGGCGGAGCGUAACCGUGACAACGGGCGAAGCCUUUCGGAGCAGCUACUUAACGGCAACCCCCGGGAAGCCGGGAAAUCACGGCGGAACGGCGGGCAGGGCCCGCACCGCCACCGGGCGGGAGAGCGGGACCCGCAUCCCCCCCGCCGCACCCGGCACCGCUCUCCGCGCUUUUCGCUCUCCCGUGAACUUGGAAAGCUGCGGGGCAUCGCCGGGCUGGGUAAGGGCUGCGGGAGCCGCGGGGCUGCGGGCGGGGCAGCGCAGCGCAGCGCGGGGGGAGCGCCGGCGGGUGCGGACCCAGGACAGAACCAAGGCAUGGCUGACGUGUGGUCCAAAUGCGUGCGGGAGAGGAGGGAGAGAAUGCAGAAGGGCACCUUGGAUGAGUUCGAUGACCUGGAUGACAGCCUGACCAGCCUCAUGUGGCUGCAGGACUUCUCCAUCACCAGUGCCAGCAUGGGCAAGUCCUCCUGCUGCCCCACUGGGCCAGACCCCCACGACUAUCAAAAGAUCCCCAGCUUUGCUGCCCCGUGCUCACCCCUGGCCGCUGACCCAGCGUGCAUGGGCAUGCCCCACACCCCCUGCAAGCCCAUCUCUUCAUCCACCUCGAGGACAGCACACACCAUGGUGGCCAUGAACCCUCAGCUCAUGGAGGACAUCGACUACAAGACCAACCCACAGGUCAAGCCACCCUACUCCUAUGCCACCCUCAUCUGCAUGGCAAUGGAAGCCAGCGAGAAGCCCAAGAUCACCCUUUCUGCCAUCUACAAGUGGAUUACUGACAACUUCUGCUACUUCAGACAUGCUGAUCCUACCUGGCAGAACUCUAUCCGGCACAACCUCUCCUUGAACAAGUGCUUCAUCAAGGUGCCUCGGGAGAAGGGGGAACCAGGGAAAGGGGGGUUUUGGAAGCUAGACCCCCAGUAUGCCAACCGGCUCAAGAACAGUGCCUUCAAGAAGCGGAAAGUGCCCCCGGUGCAGAUCCACCCGGCCUUCACCAAAAACACCCAGCAGGAUCCACCAUGUACCACCAGCUCAUCCUCUUUGAUUUGCACCUCCAAUAACGUCCUCAACAUCAACAUGGAGUCACAGCAGCUGCUGAAGGAGUUUGAAGAACUCACCGAGAGCCAGAACAUGAAUCCAGUGGAUGACAAAGUCGGGUGCAAGCUCAAGAAGCCCCUGCCCAAACGAACGGCCAAGGUAGAUCGUGUUUCCAGCUGUCCCUUGCUGACCCAGGAGGAGCAGACGGAGCUGGGGUCCCUCAAAGGUGACUUUGACUGGUCAGCCAUCUUUGACACCAACCUGAACGAAAACUUCUCAGCUUUUGAAAAUAUGGAGCUCACACCUCCAAUCGGCCCCAUCAUAGGGGAUGUGGACUUGGAGGCACACGGCCACAUCGACUGUCCUCAGGGGCAGGAGCAGGCCCUCACUGAAUGCAACCAAACCAACCCAGACCUGGAUGAAGCCUUGAUGGCUGCAGCUUUCCUGGAGAACCCCUGGGAUGAAGGCACAAACGACUGCCUCUCCAACUGUGUCAAUAUCGAUCAGCUCUUUGAAGCCUGUGAUGCCUCUUUGCCUACAGAGGAGGGCGACUGGAGCAGCCUCACGUCCCUUGUAUAA